AUCAGCGCUGUCAAUGCAAGUCGUUGACCGUGGCGAUGUAGCUGCUGUGUGUGGUAGAUGCUACGAGCAGGGCUAGACAGGCAGUAUGGCGGAGGAGGGCAGUGUGUACGAGUUAGAGGGGCUUGAAAAACAACUACAGAGUUUGUUGUGUCGCUACUCAAGUGAUGAAUUGCGAGCCGAUAGUAAACCGUUCUGCUCAGACUUUUGCAAGCUUGUGGAGGAGCAUGCCUCUCGCUGGCAGGUGCCGCUGCCUCAGCUCGGGAUCCUUGAGACGGCUCUCUGCUACUUCGCCCGAGCCUCCACCUUCUUCACAUCAAACUGUGAUCAUGUGCACCACACACUCAGUAGUCUGGCCUUGAAUGUGCUUUGGCCCUUGCGAGGCAUCAGAAUGUUCAUUUACUUCAGGUGGAGCGUUUGGUUCAGGGCAACGGGCCUUGGGCCAGCCCAGCCUUACAGGCAAUCCUCAGUGAGUCCAGUUUACCUCAGAGUGAAGUGGAUGGGUGCAUCAGUUCUGAGCUGCCGGUGUUCUUUGAGCUUCGGGUGCGCUACCUCUUAUCCUGUGAGCGGGUCAGUGAGGCUAUGGCCCUGGCUAAGUGUUGUGCUUGGCAUCCCACAGCAGGACAACACUUGUUCUUCCUCCAGGUCUACCUCACUUGGCUUUCCAAAACUUCACAGUAUGACAGCCUACACAAAGAGGUGGCAGACCUUAAUGGUAAAGAUGCAAUUCACAUCAUCUGUAGUUUGGAGUGUGAGGAAAAGGAUGAGUUGCUACUUGCCCUUAGCAGAGCCUUCCUCUCUGAGCAGCUCCACAGGGGAGACAUGUACCAUUUGUGCGAUCUUGUCUUCAUAUGGAGUAAACUUCAUAGUCGGUUGAAUACAUCCAAGCAAGAUCUUCUUGAGGAGAGUCGUCAGCUGAUGUUGUCUGCAACCAAUGUCAGCUCAAUCUUCCCAUUCAUCAGAGCCAUACUACAAGAACUGGGUGAAGAUGGUAUCCAGUUCUGUGUGGAGCUUUGUGCUAAUGCCCUGGAGUCUUGCCUUCCCUGUGAUGUCGUCACCAAGUCCCUAAUCUACAAAACCAUUGCUGGCCUGCUACCCAAUGACCUGGAGGUUUGCCGGGCGUGUGCUCUUCUUGUCUUCUUCCUGGAACGCACUGUUGAGGCCUACAAGAUGGUGUAUCUCCUCUACAUGCAUCCUGAUCAGGAGUAUAACGUGGAGUACAGCCCCAUCAGAAAUCAUAUUCGCUUCGAAACCCUGCAGAUCUUGAAGAAGGAUCUGUAUUUUGACCCAGAGUUUUGGAACCUCAUUGCUUUGCGGACCAACUGUUUGAAACUGAUGAGUGAGAAGGUGGUUAGCGCUGCCCUUGAAGAAAUCAUGGAGGACAAAUGGAUCCUUAACUAUUGCACCAAAGAACCUGCUCUUCGAUCGAGCUCGUCAGCAUGUCAUAACAGAAGUAAAGGGGCACUUCAGGUGGCAGCUAAGAAGCGGCACCAUAAAGAGGACAGACAUCGCAAAGAGGAUACUGAUGCUGCAUCCAAAAGAUUAAAAGUGGGCACCGGCAAAACACGGCUACAUUGUGAGAACACUGUAAAGAAGAAAGGCAAGGACUCAUCAUCUGAACCUUUGAGGCGUUCAUUUUGGCAGCUAGACAAGCUACAGGACAAUGUAGCCGUUGGGUAUGGAGAUCUAAGACGCACGACACGACUCUCGGAGAAGAACCCACCAAAACGGAGGAUUAGAACACCUAAGUGGCUUUUGGAAGACUCAGGAACUCUCGAAGGGAAUAACGUUUCUCCAAAGAUCAAAAGGCAUGGGUUGAAACAUCAACAGCACCAUCGAUCCUCUGCCGGAAAGAGGUCUGAAACUGAUCAGAUCAAGAACAGUGCAAAACACAAACCUUCAGUAAACUCUGAUUUUAUGGCGAGGGAAAACAACAGGAAGAACCAGAAAGGCUUUUCUUUGGACUGUCAAAAAACAACCACCCCUCCACAAGUAAUUCUUGAGCUCUCCCUACCAGACAAUGAAUUGAUGGGGACAUUUAUUGAGGACACCUGCAACAGACAGAGAGGGUUCCCUCAAGUGCUUUUUUACAAACCUACAGUGAAGCUUCCUGCCACAUCACAACCUGUGAAGACUGUGCAUCGCAAAGAGGUUAUUCUUAGAGCGCGGGACCCAGUUAUGUUUGCACAACAGUUGCACUGUUAUGCUCGGCGGCAGAAAGGGAAAGGUAAUGGGCUGAAUAUUCAAGGCUCGGUAUCAACAAUCACGCGCUCCUCUGUGCAAGGAAGUCCUCCAAAAGAUCCGCAGAGAGAGCUCUGUGGAAAGCCUGCUGCUGAGAUGAUUUCCUCUCAGACGUCAGCAACAGCUGAAGAGACAGAAUCCCCAAUUAUAGAAACAGUCCUUCAAGCUCACAGCACGAGAAAAGUCUUGCAAACCCUCACUUCAACAAGAGAGCUCCCCAAAAAGCCUGCUGCUGAGAUGAAAGCUACCAAAACGUCACAGACAUCAACAGCAACUGAAGUGACAGAACCCUCGAUGUUAAAUAAGCCAGUGCAAGCCCAAACCAUAACUUCAGCAAGAGAGCUCUGUGAAGAUUCUGCUGUUGAGAUGAAGGUUACCAUUGCCUCACAAACCCCUAAAGUGACUCAAUCUGCAGGUUUAGAUAAAGUCUCUAAUGCUCAAACUAUAACAGAUGCAUCAAAAACUUCAGCUGAGGUUUCUCAGACUUCACCUGUCGACAACAAUCAGACAGUAGUUACUGAUGAAUUCCCUCCAGUGUCUAAUAUGGCCACCAUGUCAAUCAUCGGAGCUGCUGGUCCCAAGGGAAAUGGGAAACAACAAGUGAUGUCACUUUCCUCUCUGGAUCAAACAAGCAAAAAUCCUGGAGCCCAAGCAAAAGCAGGCACUGCAGAGGUGCUCCCCUCUCUAAGGAACAGCAUUUCCGACGUGGAUGUGACAGACGUUUCACUCAAGCUAGCAAAAGGACAUGUGGCUUGUGAAAAAAAUACAAGCCUUGGAGAAACAAUGGUCACUCUAAGUAAGACAGAGGUUUCUUAUUCGCCUACAGAUCAGGACAAUAUAAAUGACAUAUCUGCUCUGACAUUAGUAACAGAAAUGGUUACUGAACUUGCACCUGGGGCACUUUCUCGAGAUCUGGAGAAUCACAAACAGCCAGCUCCAGAGGACAAUACCGCCAAGGAGUCGUCAGCAGGAAGUAAACCUAAAGUUGCUCAUAACGCAAGAUUACGCACUACCUCCAGCUGCUCUGCAUCAGAACUGGGGGCCUCUGCAUUUGCUGACGCGCAAGGGAAGAAAGUGGGAACACAGGAUAGUGCACCAGAAGCAUCUGAGAACGAUGAACCUAUAGAUACAUCAGAGGAAGCCAAGUUGGAGUACUGUUGUACCUUCUGCAACAAGGUGUUUAUGGGAAGGCGGGUUGUAGCACACGCCAUGUUCCAUUAUCGUAAAGACGAGUGCAUGUUCUGUGGGACAAUGUUCAAAGAUGACCUCUUGGCCAUGAUGCACCUGUCUAAUCAUAUUGAGAAGCUAAAGAAGAGCAAAGGGUCAGCUGGUAACACUGCCCAACAAAACGGGGUCUCUGAGACCAAAGAUAUCUCCACACCUAAGACCUCGGCCAAAGUUAAGUCCACAACCGUGUCUUCAGGGCGCCGGAGCAGUGGCAGGCAGAGGAAAUCUGCUGUCUGUCCUAAAUCAGUAAGCCUUCCAGAUUCAACCCCAUCUGGAUCCAGAAAGUUAAGAUCCAAUGACAAGUCAGUGGAUGGUUCAUCUUUACAAGAAAAGAAAGGGAACGCGUCAACGCACCUUAGUAAUAAAGCUCCUGUUUAUAAGGUCAAUGGGCAUAUUGCCAAAAAGAAAAUGCUUGACAGACCGAAAAAGGACGCCUUAAGCUCGGAAGCUAAGCAGCCACUUACACAGCAGAAGAGUGGUGGAGCUGAGAAUCCCAAGUUGCAAGAAAACCAAGAAACUGAGAUGGAUUCCUCUGCGACAUCAGCUCUGGUGGACACACAGGUUGGCCGUUCCACUGAAAGUAAAAUUAAGUCAGCCACAAAACACGAUGGGAAAGUUGUUGAAGAGAAGAAUGUGGAGCCAGAAGAGAAACUUUGCUGUCCUGUGGAUGGUUGCGUCUGGUUUACAGACCUGUCAAAAAAUCGUGUUGCACUCCUGUACCAUGCUCUCGAAGAUCACUACGGUGAGGUCAAACCUUUAGAAUUGGCGUUCCAUGUCGGGAACAGCAGAUGUAGUAUUUGCAUGAGGGUUUUGUGGAGUUUCGAACAUUUUCAGCACCAUGUUGAAAGACACAGACUCGCUCCUCGGCAUCCUUGCCCUCACCAGGGUUGUACUGCAAGGUUCAAAACCGGGAUGGAAAUGAGACGGCACGCCAGGAGGCAUAGUCCGCUGCAGGCAGUGUGCUGCCUCCCUGGUUGUUCUCAACUAUUUAUUUGUCUCUGGGCACUGAACCUUCAUGAAAGAGAACACUAUGCUUCCAAACCCACUAAACCAGACAAAAACACAGAUGAGCAAACGGGUGACAAACAUAAUACCAUGCUGGCUGGGAAGAAACAUCUGGAUCUUAAGCCAAAAGAUGACAUUUGUUUCACUACUGUAAAUAAGACUGUGAUUGCAAAGGCUUCUCGUAAAUCAAGACAAACCGCAAAUAAUUCGUCAACAGAAAAACAGGUUAGUGCUCCCCUCAGCACUGUCAGAGCAUCUCUGUUAAAACAGAAGUUGAAAGAGAACCGUGAGCGCAAAAAGGAUUCACAUGUCUUGAAGAAUCUUUCUAACAAGGACACUUCCUCACAUUCCACUGUCCCUAAUCUGAGAUUAAGGCAAACAUUAAGAAAAGUAACAAAUACAACCCCCAAAACUCUCAAAGUCAUCUCAUCGUCAUUGUUGAAACACAAUAUCAAAGUGAGGCAUAAAUUCAAGAAAAAGCAGGUCAAAGUAAACACAAAAGGUCCUAAAAGAAGAGGGCGUCCUCCUAAAGCAAAGAAACCUCUGCAUGAUGAAAACACUACUGCAGGUCAAAACAAUGAAACUGUCAAAGACAAAACUGCUCCACAGAAGGAUCAGAAAAGCAAUGCGCAGCCUGCAAGCCUUCCUAAAGCAGCAGAGACUUCAAAUACAAGCAACACUUUACAGGAAGAAGAAAAGUGUGAGCAGAUCCAAGAUGAAGUCAAAAAUAGGGGAACAUCUAGUAAAGAAUCAGAGUCUAAGAAAUCUGUGAACAAGCAGGUUAAGACGAAUCAUAUUAAACAGAAGGGGGUCUCACAUAAUACCUCUACAGCUAUAUUGACAGCUAACAGUUUAAAUCAAUCAGUCACCACCACCUCAGCAGACAAAACACAGAAGUUAACCACUGACAAAAUGAAGAAACCGCAUGAAGCGAAAAAACGCCCCGCUCCUAAAGAAACCAGUAGUCAAAGUGAAUCUUCAGACUUCUGCAAGUCAAAAAAGCACAAGGUUACAAAUAGCAAAGCCAACACAGAGAUUGUCAAGAAAAAAUCUCCCCUCAAAGAACCACAGUCUGCCUCGAAAAAGAAUGCCACGUCAAAAGCUGUUGUCCCACAUGAGGCCACAGCAAAGAGAAAAGCAGAAAACAAAGACUCCACACAAAACAGCUCUGAUAAUUCUGCGCCUGCCACUUCUGGAGAGAAAACACUCAAGGUACCAACAGAAGGAAAGUUAAACAAACCACAUAAAGAAGGAAAGAAAGAAAAGAAAAACAAUGCCACUUCUUCAGACUCAGGCAAGCAAAAUAAGAAGCACAAAGACGUUAAUAAAAAGGGGGACAAGAAAGCAGUCAAGGACAGACGGCCGUGCAAAGAUGCAAGCAAGACAUCCGCUUUCAAAAAGGCAGCCAAGUCCAAAUCUGUAGACCAGCAGGUUGAGGCUAACACAGCAGAGAGCUCUCCUGGUGUGGAAGGAAAAGCUAAACAAGAAACAUUAGAUGCCACACCUGACACCCCCUGUUCCUCCAUCCCUGCUGCUACAACUAGCAGCUUAGAUGAAACGACUUUUCCAUGCACUGCCACUGAAGAGAACAUGCAGAAAGUAACGAAAAAAGAAAAAGACCCCAACAAAGCAAAAAAGAAGCGCAAGGAUGUUCAUAAAGAAGGUGCCGCAAAGGCUGUCAAGAAUAACGGCAAAGAUCAGGGUGUUCCAUCAGCAUCCAAGAAGCCAGCAAAAUCAAAAAUUCAAGUCCAACCAAAGCUAGUGGAGAGCUCCGCCGGCGAGGAGGGAAACGCAUCAGCGGAAACGGCACAAAGCACAAUUAGCGGCGCCGGAUACGCUGUAGUAACGAACGGACAACCGGCAAGGGAGGAAGUAAAAUCAACGGUGUGUAAGGACACUCUUGCAGAGUAUGGGAAGAGGCCAUACAUGCGUCUGCCACCUACAGCGUACCUGGAUGAGAAGUACAUCACCAUGCCAAAACGGAGGAAGGAGAUGCCUUUCCACUCGUCUCCGAGUCCCCCUCGUCAGCAGGCGAAAGUUACCGCAGUUCUGCAGAGACAACGAUGUGCCAACUGUUUUGCUACAUUCAACAGUGCUGAGGAUCUGCAGAGUCAUGUCCAGCUGCAGAAGUGUUCCAACCUCUUUGGAUUUGACUCUGAUGAUGAGGGUAACAGUUGAGCAUGUCUAACUAAGUCAAAGUGACUGACAUUUUGAAUGCAUAAUAGACGGACCUGUGGACCUUAAUGGAGCCCCUGGAUCGCCCCUCAAAGGAUCAGUGCUCUCUGGAUGACUUGUUUAUUACUGUGGGCAACCAGUCGUUUAUGUGGGACUGAAAAGAGCUGUGAGACUUGCAGCAUGUGCCUGUGACACGAGGCCCUGGAGAGGCCAGAACACACAAACUAGCCAAUCGAUAAAAAGACAUGGGAACUGACUCCCAGUCAGACUGUUAGCAGAACAGCUAGUACUGAAGUGCCUGCUCUGGAACCGCUGUGCUGUUUCCAGCUGCUUCACCUGGUAUGGAGAUUAUGCAUUGUGGUUUAAAGACUGGAUUAUUGGAAGCUGUGAAGGAAAAAACAACAACAACAAAAAAAAAACUGACGCUAGAUGACAGGCUGCUCCUGCUAUCACUAGAUUCAUCACUUUUCACAUCAGUAAGCCAUAUAAUUCCAUUGUUUGCUUUUUGCACUCUUAUAAGAUUUCUCAGUUUCUUUCUGCUUAAACUCUCAAAGUGAUGCGGAUUGUACAACAAAUGAAGCAUCUAAAAACUCAUACUGUAUUAACAUCCUAAAUAUAAUUUAACUCUGACAAGCUGUAAGAUUGCUGUAUCAUCUUGGGGAACUUUUAUGUAUAAUUCCUGUUUAAAUGCUAAUUUUAUUUCUUAUAUCAAGUUCCCUAUGGCGUGGAUUAGGUCUGUGGCUGUCCUCACCAUGAGUAACCAGUAGGGGUCAGCGUACAUCAAUUUCUUUUUGUUAACGUCCUUUUUGCAGCUGAAGAAUUCUACAUUCAAAGCUGCUCCACUGGAUUCAUCACUGUACAGACUCAAAAAGCAUCUUCACUUCCAAUCACAUACAUCAAGCUGUAUUUCCUUUAGCAAUAACAACAAACAUGCCAGUAUCUCACUAAUAUUUUAACUGAUUUCUGUCUCUGAACAUGUCUAUUAUUUGCUGCCAGUGGAGCAGCUGACAGUCUGGCUUAUAUUAUAUUUUCUCACUUAAACAGAUUUUAAAAUAGUAUCUUUACUGAACUGUCCAGGACCAUAGACACAUUGAUUUCUCUUUUAAGGUGAGUGUUCUCUUUGAGGUUUCCUUUAAAGAGAAACUGUCAUAAACUGCUACAGUUUAAAGUGUCACCAGUCUUUAAUGCGCAGCAGCAGGUUAUAUUUAUUUGUUUUAUUUUCUAUCUUUUGUAAAUAUUUGAAGAGUUUCAAUGGCUUAUUAUAUAAGGGGGUGAUGGAGCCGGAUUUAUAUUUUGUUCCUGAGAUAAAAAUAAAACAUUUGAAAUGGCA